UCUGAAGGACCCCAGAGCUUCGCCUGGAAGGAGCCAAUGCGAUGGAAGGAGAUCAGCCCCCUCUGACCGCAGAGCUGACAACCCCCUUCCUGAAGAAGGCUCACACCCCACCUCUCCAUGAGGACGCCAACACCGUGGUCAUCGCAGUUGUCAUCACCCUGGUGUUCCUCACCCUGCUGACGGUCCUGGUGGUGAUCAUCAUCUACCUGUACAGAAACAAAGGCAGCUACCUCACCUACGAGCGGCCGGCGGCAGAGACCGACGUGUCGGUGCAGAUGGAGGAUGCUCCAUCCAAAGAGAAAGAAGAGUAUUUUAUCUAAGCCACCGGCUCCAGCGCACACCUCUCCGACGCACUCAGGUCCAAGUUGCCUCAAUUUCCUGGAGUUGGGGAUCUACAAGCUGCUGUU